AAACAACCCAUAAGUAAAUGACAAUACUUGGGGAAAAGGGAAAGGGAACCAAUGGAGAAUUUCUGCAACUAUUUCAAACAUCAUACUACUAAAUGCUGGCUUGUUAAAAUAAAUAAAUAAAUAAAUAUAAUUUCCACUCUUCGCUGGCUUUUUGUCACUCGGAGAUACCGAUGCUCUUUUGCUCCCACCAUUUUCCCUUUUUCUUCACUGAUUUUGUUGAUUGUAUUUUUGCUAAAGCAUGUGUUCAUACAAAAUCAUACAAGGGGAAUUCUGAGUGUGAAGUGGAAAUGGUACUAAUAACUUUUACAUGGCGCCAUGGUGGUACUCAAGUUUUUCUUUGUGGUUCCUUCCAUGGAUGGAGCGAGCAGAUACCGAUGAAUUUGGUGGAGGGUUUGGUGGCCGUUUUCCAGAGGAUUGUUGAUGUUCCACCCGGGUAUCAUAAGUACAAAUUCUUAGUUGAUGGCAUCUGGCAAGUCGACCAGGACCAGCUUUGUGUUCAGGAUGAGUAUGGUGAAAUCAACAACUUAGUAUUUGUUGAGGAAUCAGGUUCCAUGCCUUCUGCCUUACCAAGAGAGGAUACUCAGUCAAAUUUGGCCUCGGGUUCUGCUAGAAGCAUGCAUCCAGAGGCUUCAUCUUCACGCGGACUACAACUUGAACCAGUCAUGCAAUUGUCAAACAAUGAAAUAAAUGUUUCCCGGCAUCGUCUAUUCAUGUUCUUGUCAUCUUCCCAAGCAUAUGAGCUGAUUCCAGAUUCGGGAAAGGUCUUUGCGUUAGAUACUGAAGUGGCUGUGGAACAGGCAUUUCAUAUCAUGUAUGAAAAGCGACUUGCAGUGAUGCCUCUUUGGGAUGAGAGGAAUGCAAUGAUUACGGGAAUGCUUACUGCUUCUGAUUUCAUUUUGAUCUUGUUGAAGCUCCAGGAAAGUCAUCCAACGCUGACCAACGAUGAGCUUGGAAUGCACACGGUUUCAGCUUGGAAAUAUGGAAAAUUCCAAUUUCAUGCAGAAGUGUCAGGGGCUAUGGUACCUCCAAACAGAAGGGUACUGCAAGCUGCUCCUGAUGAGUCACUGAAAGACGUGGUCCAAACAUUAUUACAAAAUAAGAUAUCUGCAGUUCCACUUUUACAUUCACCAGAAGAUGGGUCAUCUCCGCAGUUGUUGCAUACUGCAUGCCUUGCAGGAAUAUUAAAGCACAUAUGCAGGCAUUUUAGGCACUCUCUAGAGUAUCUGCCUAUUCUACAGCAACCAGUGGGUAAUCUUCCAUUUGGCACCUUCACAGGAGAAGUUGCUGGAAGGCCAAGCAGCCGUGUAUUGUUGACAUUACACAGCAGAGACCUCCUUAGUUCCGCUCUUAAAUUACUAAUAGAAGGUGGGAUAAGCUCAAUACCGAUCGUCGAUGAUAAUGGGGCCCUGAUAAAUGUGUACUCUCGGAGUGAUAUAACCUCUUUGGCAAGAGACAAUGUGUAUGCUCGCUUUCGGCUUGACCAGAUUAUCAUGACUCAAGUCCUGCAGGUCUUAGAUGAAACAUCCCAUGAUCGUUGUAGGACAUGCACACGCUUUGAUUCACUGUAUAGGAUAAUGGAGCUCCUUUCAGAUCCAACUGUGCGGCGUGUUGUGGUCAUUGAUCCCACUAGCCGGCAUGUAGAAGGCAUAAUCACUUUGAGAGAUGUGUGUAAUCUUCUUUUAGGCUGAAAUUCCUCUUGAACUAUUUCACAGCAGGUGGGAGUAAACUAGUACGAUGACUUUGUAAUGGCUGCUCUAUUGCUCAAAGAGAAAAGUUGUCAUUGUGUCAUUUGGCUGAGUGGAAGAGAUGUUUACAAUCAUCCCAAUAAAGCAUAAUCCACUGGUGUAUAAUUGUCUGCGGUAGCUUUUUGCAGAAAAAUACGGUAAAAUUGUUGCACAAACACAACAAACGAAGUUCGUGUAGUCGAGGACAAAAGAGAACACAGAAAAUCUGAACUAAGAUGUAUGUAACUGAAGACUUCCCUUACAAUUAAAUAACUGUUAGUAGUAUAGUUGAAUAGUACAACAGCAGUUGUACUUCAAUCCCAAGCAUAUUGGGUUAUGUUGUAUAUGAAUCCACACUAUGCAUGUUGCUGCUCCAUUUAAGCAUGUGUCAGGUUAAUAUGAACAAGUGAAUGUUGGUUCAUC